GUCCUCCAUUGCCACCUAUCAAAAAACUACCCCUUUUCUUCCGCAGAGAGGCUUCUUCUUUAUCCCAAAACUUCAGAGUUCAGACGAUGGAGAAGCAGAGGAGUUUCUCCAUCAAGCCCACAAGACUUCUGGUCUUCUCCUUCACCAUAUCUUCCUCCCUCCUUCUUGUCUUUUUCUUCUCCAUCUGGGUUCUUAAUCGCACCCCUCUAAUUCCUCAAGCAACCCAACUUCAGUUCAACGAGUCGUCUUUAAGUUUGGGGUUCAAAUCCCUUCAAGUUCAGGCGUUUGCAGGUUUUAACAAGAAUUUUACUUACCAUGCGGCAAGAAACACAACUCCUGUAGAUACCCAUUUCAGGAUACCUGACAUUUCUUCUGGGAAUAGUGUCGCUUCAGUCAUCGGGAAGGUUCAGAUAAAAGAGAAUGAGUAUGGGGUUUCGGAUGGAGGUAACCAAAGUGAGGUCGGAAAAGGUACUUCGGCCACAAAAAGUUACAGCAAAAAUGAUGAUAAUUCGUCUAAGAGAAUUGAUGCUUCAAGCGAUGAGAGGAUUGGAGAGAAGAUGACUAGUAAAUGUGACAUUUCAAAUGGGAGGUGGGUUUUUGAUGAGAGCUAUCCCCUGUAUACAAAUGGUUCGUGUCCCUUCGUGGAUGAAGGUUUUAGUUGUCAGGUUAAUGGAAGACCGGAUAAGGAUUACUUCAAGUGGAGAUGGCAACCACAUGACUGUAAUAUCCCAAGGUUCAAUGCAGUGAAAAUGUUGGAACUGCUCAGAGGGAAGAGGUUGGUUUUUGUGGGUGAUUCGAUUAACAGAAACCAAUGGGAAUCCAUGUUGUGUUUAUUAAAAGGAGCCAUCAAAGAUCCAAAGCGAGUUUAUGAAACUCAUGGGAGGAGGAUCACUAAGGAGAAGGGAAAUUACAGUUUCAAAUUUGUGGACUACAAAUGUACAGUUGAAUACUAUGUUACCCAUUUCUUGGUCCAUGAGAGCAAGGCAAGAGUUGGGCAGAAGCGGGUGCCUACAUUGAGAAUUGAUUCCAUUGACAGGGGCACUUCAAGAUGGAAGGGAGCUGAUAUUCUUGUUUUCAACACUGCACAUUGGUGGUCACAUUACAAAACAAAAGCUGGGGUGAAUUACUACCAGGAGGGCGACAAAGUUCAUCCCCAUUUGGAUGUCUCUGUGGCUUUUAGAAGAGCCCUGAUAACCUGGGCAUCAUGGGUCGAUAAACAUAUAAAUCCACACAAGACUCGAGUAUUCUUUCGAAGUUCAGCCCCUUCACAUUUCAGGGGCGGCCAGUGGAACUCUGGGGGACACUGCAAGGAGGCCACCCAACCCCUCAACAAUAUUUCAGGAAUAAAUUACCCUGAAAAGAAUAUAAUUGCUGAAGAAGUCAUAAAGCAAAUGAAAACUCCUGUAAUUUUAUUGAAUAUUACUAAUUUGUCAGAAUAUAGGAUAGAUGGUCACCCAUCUGUAUAUGGAAGAAAACCAGACAAGGGUUCAUCUUCAAGUGUUCAAGAUUGUAGCCAUUGGUGCCUUCCAGGCAUUCCUGAUACAUGGAAUGAAUUGUUGUACUUCUAUUUGCUAUAUAAAGAAAUACAGAGUUCCACUUAAUAAAUUGGUAAGGACAAUAUUUAUGUAUCUAAUACUUAUUCUUUUUA